AUGUCGGUUCCUGCGACCGUCACCGCCACGUCGGCGUCGCUUUACGUCGGAGACCUCCACCCUGAGCUCUCCGACAGCCAACUCUUCGAGGCCUUUGAGGAGUUCAAGAGCCUAUCCUCCGUUCGCGUCUGCAGGGACUCCGCCACAGGGAAAUCACUCUGUUACGGUUACGUCAACUUUUUCUCUCACCAAGAUGCAAUUCGUGCAAUCGAGUUGAAGAAUAACUCGUAUCUGAAUGGAAAAGUGAUAAGGGUCAUGUGGUCACGCCGUGAUCCUGAUGCAAGGAAAAGUGGCAGAGGGAAUGUGUUUGUUAAGAACUUAGCUGAAUCCAUAGAUAAUGCGAGGCUGCAUGAUUUAUUUAAAAAAUUUGGGAAUAUUUUGUCCAGCAAAGUUGUCAUGUCUGAGGACGGGAGGAGCAAAGGGCAUGGCUUUGUACAAUUUGAGUCAGAGGAAUCUGCAAAUGCUGCCAUUGAAAAGCUGAAUGGCUCUACUGUGAGAGACAAACAGAUAUAUGUUGGAAAGUUUGUCAAAAAAAGCGACCGCAUUUUGCCUGUCCCUGAUGCCAAAUAUACAAAUUUGUACAUUAAAAACUUGGACCCAAAUGUUACUGAAGCGCUUCUUCAGGAAAAGUUCUCCUCUUUUGGGAAAAUUAUUAGCUUGGCUAUUGCAAAGGAUGACAGUGGGCUAUCGAAGGGUUUUGCAUUUGUGAACUAUGAUAAACCAGAUGACGCUAGACAGGCGAUGGAAGCAAUGAAUGGAUUGCAAUUUGGUUCAAAGAAUCUGUAUGUAGCUAGGGCACAAAAGAAGGCUGAACGUGAGCAAAUCUUGCACCAUCAAUUUGAGGAGAAACGUAAGGAAAAAUUCUUGAAAUAUAAGGGAUCAAACAUUUAUGUCAAGAAUAUUGAUGACAGCGUUAGUGACGAAGAACUACAAGAUCAGUUUAGUUCAUGUGGCACAAUAACUUCUGCAAAAGUUAUGCGAGAUGACAAAGGGAUAAGCAAGGGGUUUGGUUUUGUCUGCUUCUCUACCCCUGAGGAGGCUAAUAUAGCUGUGCACACUUUCCAUGGAUCCAUGUUCCAUCGUAAACCACUGUAUGUUGCUAUUGCUCAGAGGAAAGAGGAUAGGCAAACACAGCUGCAGCUCCAGUAUGCACCGCAACCAGCAGGGUUAGCUGGACCUUCAACUGCAGUUAUCCAUGGUGGAUUUUCACCUUACUUCUAUACGGGUGUUGUUUCGCAUAUCCCUCAAUCUGGGCUGUUGUAUCAACCUCUGGGAUUGAGAUCAGGAUAUAGUGCUCAUGGCUUUGCACCUUCCGCCGGAUCAUUUCAACAAUCACAAGUUCCUAUCGUUCCUAAUAAUAGUAGGCAGCAUAAGCAAAACAGGGGCAGGAUGAAUGGACAUAUAAAUUCUCUGGGAAAAGCUCAGUCUGGUGUGUUUAUCCCACAACUGCAACAGAAUUCUAAGGCAGCAGUCUCUUCAAAAGAGUCAAAUACUCAGCAGACCGAACAGGCUAAGUAUGUACCCAGGGAACGACAGCAUAAGAUGGAAACAAGAUCAGGAAUUUCAUCUGCUGGAGGGUCCCAGGGGUCAGAAAUGCUGCACAGCAUGCUUGCUACUACUAUUCCUGAGCAGCGGAAACGGAUAAUUGGGGAGCAUCUUUACCCACUUAUCCAGAAACUCACGUACAAUCCUAGCCUAGCUGCAAAGAUUACAGGAAUGCUUUUGGAGAUGGACAAUGGAGAAUUGCUGAAUCUCCUGGAAUCACCAGAGAUUCUUUCAGCUGAGGUUGCAGUUAGUUGA